AUGAGCUCAGUCUACGAUCCGCUCGGAAUGUUGUCGCCAGUCAUACUACCUGCAAGAAACAUCCUGCAAGAAUUGUGUAGACAAAGAACAGGCUGGGAUGACACCGUGCCAGAACACCUCGCACAACAAUGGACCAAGUGGACUGAAGAACUCAAACAGCUCACUGACUUUGAAGUAAUACGAUGCUUCAAGCCACCUGAAUUUGGCAAAGCUGUGCAGGCUCAAUUGCAUCACUUUUGUGACGCAUGUGAAACUGGCUACGGUACUGUCACAUACUUUGUCCAGAAGAAUAGCAGUAACCAUGUACACUGUUCAUUUGUCCUGGGGAAGGCCAGGGUCGCCCCUCUGAAACCAACUACCAUCCCGCGGUUGGAGCUGACGGCGGCUGCCUUAGCUGUGAAAGUGGAUGUUAUGCUGAAGAAGGAGCUUCAGUUGCCACUGACAGAAUCCAAGUUUUGGACAGACAGUACUGCAGUACUCAAGUACUUAGCCAAUGAGAACAUCAGGUUUAAGACCUUUGUUGCAAACGGGAUCGCCAUAAUCCUGCAAGCAUCAAACGUGCAUCAAUGGAGCUAUGUCAACACUAAGUUGAAUCCUGCCGAUUGCGCAUCAAGGGGUCAAGCCGUGAGCGCCUUCAUCAAGAACGACGUCUGGAUUGCUGGUCCUGGCUUCCUAUGUAAACCAGAAGGAGAGUGGCCAGUUAACCCCGAACUCCAAGAAGAGCUCAUGGCUGAGGAUCCUGAGGUGAAGAAAAGUAUUCUGGUUAAUGCUACCACAGUAGAAAGCACUGAUGCCAUGCAGCAAUUAAUCCACUACUUCUCUUCAUGGAUACGGCUCAAGAAGGCUGUAGCGUGGUUCACACGACUCAAGCACACCCUGUUGAAUCUGUCUAGGAAGAGAAAAGAGUUGAAAGGAUUGUGCAGUGAUGAACAACAGUUGAACAAGGAGAUGCUGAGCUACAAAAGGAGUCUCAAACAUACUCACCUUACCGUGGAUGACUUACAAAAAGCGGAGAUCGACAUCAUUGGUCAUUGCCAAAACAAUAGCUUCCAAGAGGAGAUAUCUGCACUCCAAAGGAAGGACUCCGUCAGGAAGAGUAGUCGACUCUUCAAACUCAAUCCACAGCUUGAGGAGGGAAUCCUUCGCGUUGGAGGGAGGCUUAGCCAAGCAUCCAUGCCAGCCGAAGCCAAGCAUCCAAUGAUCAUUCCCAAGAACCAUUACGUGGCAGACUUGAUUCUCCAGGAUGCACAUGAGUGCCUAGGGCACAGUGGACGUAAUCACGUCCUGUCUCACAUGCGCCAAAGCUUUUUGGAUCAUCGAUGCUCCCUCGUCAAUCCGAAGAAUGCUGUCUCGGUGUACUACCUGUCGAAGACAACAUGAUGCAUCAGGCACACAAAUGAUGGCACACUUACCAAGAAACCGAGUUCUACCUAACGAACCACCCUUCACCACAACUGGU